AUGGAUUUUUCAGAGGUCGUGAGACUUCUAGACGACACAAAGCGCCAGGAAGCUCGGAGAGAUGUUGAGCGUCUCCUCAACAACCCUCCGUCUUGCCAACCACCCUGGGGAAAAAACCUCAAAGAACUAGUCAAAUGGGCCACGGAAUGCAAAGUCCAAGCAGAACAAGAGCCAGAGUCCAAGGCACCUGAACGACCGACCCUCAAGAUGUUUCAACCCCCACAUCUCCAAGAUUUCUGGAGCCGCAACCCCAAGUGGGUGACCGACUACUUCGUCAAUGCACAGAAGUAUCCACGCCUCGAGGUGAUUGUUCGCGCCAUGAUGCAGGAACAUAUGAUGGCGGUACAGGACUACAUGUCUAUUAUCAAGAUGCAUGUCAAUCCAGAGAGUGACCGUGAGAAGGUUACAUGCCUGGAAGAGCAAGACAGCGAGGAAGAAGGAGCAACCGAAACAGCAGGAGAGGGAGCGGAAGAGGAGGCCGAGGAGAAAACAGAAGAGAAGGCGGAGAACAAAGCAACAGAGGGACAAGAGACCGGAGACGAACUCUCAGACGCUGACAAAAAGAUCUUAUUCCAAGACCUCCAGAAUGUCGUCAAACAGCAUAUCCGCCUCAAGGCAAUCCUCGACUGCUACUGGGUCAUGUCGCACGAGGGCGCUCUCAUCCAAGACGCCAACCACAUGCUCUUCAUGGAACGCCUCCGAGCCUCAACCGCCCCGUCAGACCAUGAUCAGGCUCUGCCCAGUGACUUCCCACUUAUUUCCCCCCGAGUCCAUCAGAGGGCCGCCCCAAUCCCAUCUUCUUCAUUUCCCGAAGCGCAAGCCGAAGAAGUCGCUGAAGAUGACAAGUGGAUCAACGAUCGGGCAGUUGAUCUUCGCGAGAUAUACCCUUUACUCUCCGAAGAGGCGGCUAAAGAACUCGCCAAAUGUGAGAAGGUGGUCUGUGAACACGCAGAUUUCCUUAACGAGUAUGAAGAGAAGAUGGGUGACCGCACCUUCCUCUUGAUGGCCAAGCAGAUGGAACUGAUGGGAAUCGAUGAAAGGAGCAAGCUCGAGAAGCUUAGACUCAAAGCACAGGAGAUGGCGCUUGAGUUGCAGGAGAAGGAGACGAGUGAGAGGGAGAAGGCUUUGAGGGAACGUGAGGAGAGAUUGGGGUUGUAA